AUGCUGAUCUUCGAGCAUUGCCCCAACUUGCGGAUCCACCUUUCCGGCGAACGGUCCUUGACCUCGCCUCACACCGACCGGGAGCAUCAGCACUCAGAGGCCGAGAUCAACUGGUGGGUGCCUCUGACGCCGUGCUCCGGCAGCGCCAGCCUUUGGGCCGAGUCAGCGCCGGGCUUGGGCGACUUCCACGCCUUCGAGGUGCAGCCCGGGGAGGCGGUGCGCUUCUAUGGGAACCAAUGCUUGCACUUCACCCGCGAUAACAGCAGCUCGCAGUCGAGGGUCUCCUUCGACUUCCGCGUGAUCCGGCUCCGGGAUUUCCAUUGGGCCAAGGUGCCGGCACCCACAGAGAAGGAUGCAGAAGUGCGCUGGAGCAUCUUUGCAUACUAUGACGUCAUGGCUGCAGACGGCACGGUGCUCACGGGUUUAGAGGACUGGGAGCGAUAUGUGGCACCCGUCCUGGCCAAUCAAAAGACGCCACUAAAUGAGUUUCCCAGCAUGGUCUCCCUUGGAGACCAUCCAGACCAUCCUCCGCCCGCGGCUCCCACCGCCACACGGCGGUCGCGGCGGUCCACGUCUCCGGAGCAUGUGGCGCGCUGCGCCGAACGCCUGGGCUCCCAACGCUUGGCGCGGCGCCAGUGCGCGCGGUGCGGGUGGAUCGCCCACCGUGCAAGGCUCUUGGAAGUCCUUCGCUUCAGCAAGCCCCACGAGCCCCACGGCGUCGCCACAUCAGAGACUGCGCCCUGGGACCCUUCUCUCCCCUGGGGCCUCGGCUGCCGCCUUUGCGCGCGGCGCGUGCGCCUGGGCGCGAGGGGCGUGCCGCCGGGCGGUCGCCGGACGGCCUUCAGCGACUUCACCUUCGGUGCCUCGAUGCCUGGCUUGCUCUUCCAGCCUUUGCUGCGGCAUGGGAACCACGCCAUGCGCCAGGUGGCCAUGCGCAGGGAGUCCACACCACUGGUGGUGGAGCAGGAUUUCGAGACUCUCGGUGGACUGUGCGUGGUGUGGUGGAUGGGUGUGCAUGCGGAAGCCCAGCGUGCGGUGCUGGCAGGGCUUCUCAUCCUCGAUGAUUCUGACUCCUGCGAAGAUGCAGAAAAAAGGGAGGGGAUCGCCACGAAGAUCGACCUCUACACCGCUUUGCCCACCGGAGGUGAAGCGAGCUAUGAGGCGGUGUCUUUCAAGAGGCCCACGGGUGCAUGCGAGUGCGGAAGUGGCUUGAGAGCAUUACUUCCAAAUCAUCAACGAACGCUGGGCUACUUGUCUCUGGAUAGCAACGAGCGCUCUCAGUUCCAAGCGAGGGAGCUGAAGAGCGUCGAAUCCUUAGACCAGAGUAGGUCAGAGCAUGGGGUCUACGUGGAUGCUGGGGUCCUUGGCACGUUUGGGGAUGGUCAUCUGGUGGAAUGGCAGAGGCACCUGAGUGAAGCCUCACGGCUGCUCAGGGUGUCAAGCCCCUUGCGUGUGCGCCGCCAGCAACGGCUGGAGGUCUUGGUCAUGACGCCUUCAGAGAAGGCGAUGGGUUAUCCGCCCAGCGCUGGGGCAGAAGCGGUGUGCCGGGCACUCGGCUGCUCGUCCCAACGAGGUUAUAGCCAUGAGGUGGCCAGCAACAACGAGGCCCUCUUGGCUGCUGUUCAGCGCUUUCAGCCAGACCUCUUGGUCUCAAUCCUGUGGCCGCGCCGGGUGCCCAAAGAGGUCCUGGACUUGUGCGCCUUGGUGGAAGAACCCCGUGGCCCUGAAAGUCUGAACUUCCACCCCUCGCUGCUCCCGAAGCACCGCGGAUCUUUGACCCAGUUCUGGGCCAUCUUUGAGGGUGACGACAAGGCAGGCACCACCUGCCACCGCAUGGUCUUGGAGUUUGACGCUGGGAAGAUCCUUCACCGUGAGGAGGUGGAACUGUCAGCCGAUGAGCAGCUGGGUCCGACCGCGCUGUCCUUGAGCCACAAGAUCGCUUUGACCACUGAGAAGUGCGCCUCGCCCAGGCUCUUAGAUGACAUGUUAGAUUGCUUCAAGCACAUCAUGGAGCUCUACUUCACCAUGGGGCUGCCCGAAGGUGAAGACUGGGACAUUGCAGAGUUCCCCUAUCAUUACCGACGGCUCCACGAGGACAGGAAUUCAUCAGUUCAUGUUGCACGCACAAGUGAUGACGGCUUCAUCGAUCCUACAUGGCCUGAUGAGAAGGUGGAUCGCUUUAUCCGUGCGACCUACUUCCCGCCCUAUGCGGCUGCCCGGCUGCGGCGUGCCGAUGGGGCCAUCGAUGGAGUGGUGAGCUUGAAGGCUUAUCAGGAUGGCCAAGGAUUGGGUGAUGAAUUGCUGUGGCACAAGUCUGGCGUUCUGCAGGCACUCCGCGCCGCCGAUGAGGGAGUGGCGCAGCUGGAGCUCUUCGCCCGGGCCGCGGCCUUCUUCGAGCGGCAUGGCCCUGGCAGCUCCGUGAGGCGCUUGUGGGAUCGGAAGUGUGAGGAGGCCAUCGAGUACUGGAAGGAAAGGCCUCAAGGCACUGAUGUCAUUGCAGAGGCCCAGGAAGCGCAGAAGGCGGUGGCGCCAGCGCUGGCGCGCGCGGUGUGCGCGGCCGCGGCCUUGGGCGUGCCGCCCGAGGAAGAGGUGGAAGAGGAUGUGUUUGAAGGUGCAUUGGCCGUGCUCCAGCACAAGAAGGUGGAGACUGUGGGAUUUGGGCCGAGCCUGGCGGCCAACUGCUGCCCAAGUGCGGCCGAACCGUCGGCGGCCGACAACGACCUCGCCAGCAUCGUGGCGACCAGCCAUCUUGGCGGCGUUGGUGCUCGUGGUGACUUGGAGAAGGUGGCCAUCAUUGCCAGCCUCUUGGACAACGUCGAUGAGUCCCGCUCACUGGCGCGGCGUGUGCCAGUGGAGGGCGGCCGCUGUAUGGAUGGCUCGACCAGUAACCUUUACCUGGCGAAAGGCUACGAGAACGUGGGCCAUCCCGAUCUUUGCUCCGAACGCGCACGUGGCUAUCACGGCAGUUCUCACGACGAUGCAGAAUUCCGGGACUUCGCAAAACGCGGGAAUCGAGUGAUGGUGCGGAAUUGUGAUGGGACCCUUUUCUUGAGCGACUCAGAGUUGGAGACCGAGCUCCAGGGAAACCGGUCCACCCUGCAGCUGCGUGGGCGGAGCAAUGCCUUCAAGGCCCUUCAGCAGCUCCUCCCUCUGGGCCUCCUGGAUGCCUCCGAGCUCCUCUUGGGUGGCUGCUCCGCGGGCGCGGUCGCUGCACUGCAGCUGGGCGACCAGCUGGCGGAGCUCGUGCGCCGCGCGCAGCGCGCGCAGCGUGGUGCACAGACCGCGGCGGAGGAGGUCUUUGUGGCGAUUCUGUGGCCCGGCGAUGUCGACCCGUGUCAGAGUGUGGCCUGUGCGUGCCUGUGUCGACAUAUGUUUUGGUAUGCAAUGUGCCUGGGUGAGAGAUGA